AUGAACUACAAGCAAAGUAGUAAGAACGAGAAUGAAGAAGCUGAUCAAGUUAACCAACUGCCAACUGAAGGGCUCUUGCUUAAAGGGAGCAAAAAGAAUUCUCAGCUGGAGGGAAUGGCUAUUAGAAUGAACUUUACAGAACUUAGAGAGGCAACUAACAAUUUCUGCACAGGCAAUGUGAUUGGGUUGGGAAAGAUCGGGGUGAUGUACAAGGCAAUCCUUCCAAAUGGUUCACCCCUUGCAGUUAAGAGGUUACAUGGUUGUCAAUCAUUUGACAAACAAUUCAUAUGUGAGUUAUUGGCUCUGGGCAAAUGGAGGCACAAUAACAUAGUUCCCCUCUUGGGAUUCUGCAAAGAGAGGAAAGAAAAGCUCCUAGUGUACCAAUAUAUAUCGAAUGGCAAUCUUUAUGAUUGGCUACAUGCAAAGGAAGGCAACAAUAGGAUCUUGGAAUGGUCUUUGAGGAUUCAAAUUGCAAUUGGGGUAGCAAGAGGCUUGGCAUGGCUUCACCACAAGUGGGAUUUUCGAGUAGUACAUCUUAACUUGAGUUCAAACUCUAUUUUACUUGAUAAUAAUUUUGUGCCUAAGAUAUCAAAUUUUGGAGGGGCAAAAAUAUCAAGUUCUAAAGGAAUAAUGUUUAUUGAUUCAAAUGACACUCACUCAAGUAAUAGCUCUUUUGUAGACUUUGGGGUUUGGGAUUUGGGUUUUGUUAAAAAGGAUGUGUAUGACUUUGGAAUUCUGCUUUUGGAGCUAAUUAUAGGAAAGGAACAUAUUCAAAUCAACAAUUAUUCGAACAAAUCAAAUGGGAGUUUGGUUGAUUGGAUUACUCAUCUUUUCACUUCUUCGUCUGAUCUCUACAAUGUCAUUGAUAAAUCUCUGAUUGGUAGAGGAUUUGAUGGUGAAAUCUUUGAAUUCCUUAGAAUUGCAUGUACAUGUCUUAACCCUUUUCCAAGUAAAAGGCCUACAAUGUUUGAAUUGUACAAUACAAUAAGUACUCUUGGGGAGAGGUACGGUGUUACAAAUGACUCUGAGAUCUUGAGGCAAUCGGAAAUUGCAACAGCAAGUACCUCAAAUGAAAUUGUUUAG